AUGAAUAGUAACCGCUACUCCUCUCUAAAUCGGCGCACCGCCCCGGCCUCCUCAGCUCUCUUCCAAGACUACCCCGGCUCGCGGCCAUCCUCCUCAUCCUCCUCGCAGAGACCCAGCAGCUACGCCUAUCCCACAUCACAACCAGCGACUUCCUCUUCCCCCUACCUGACACCCUACUCCUCCACAAAUGGCCAUAGCACGCCUCAACGGCCCUCGUCAGGGUUCCGCCCCGCGACGCCCAACUCCAAGGGCCAAUACUCCGCUUCCGUUCUCGAGGAACUCGAGUCCCAAAACGAAGUGACCCAGACCACCCUCCUGAGUCAAAAAGUCUCGCAACUGAAGUCCCUCACAGUCGCCAUCGGAGAUGAAAUCCGCGACUCGUCCCAGCUCGCGCAGACGAUCAAUGACACAUUUGAGAACACGGGCGUCAGGUUGCGGGGCACGAUGAGGAGGAUGUUACGCAUGGCGGAGCGGACGGGGGUGGGGUGGAAAGUGUGGGUGGUAUUUUUCAUCGCGGUGUGGGCUUUGUUUGCUUAUGUGUGGCUGUUUUGA